AUGCAUGGUUUAAAUAAGUAUUGUAUCAAAAAAUAAAAAAUUAAUAUUAUAAAGAGAAUGAAAACUUGUCAACUUCCAGACGAUAUAAUAUAGCAUUAUUCGAAUUUCCGCAAUAAAAAAAGCAAAUUGAAGGUGAGCACAAUUUUGGGUUCGAGAUUCGAGAUUGAUGAUAAAUAUGAAAUCUUGGACAAUAUUGGUUAAGGAGCAUACGGUAUAGUUGUGGCAGCCAGAGAUAACACACUGGACCCUGAGGAUAAUUUAGUUGCAAUAAAAAAGAUUGAAAAAGCUUUCGAACAUAAAAUAUUUACAAAGAGAACUUUGAGAGAAUUGAGACUACUGAGAUUGCUAUAACAUGAAAAUAUUAUCGGAAUCAAUACAAUACUACUUCCAAAAUCAAGAGAAGAAUUCGAAGAUAUUUACGUGGUUCAAGAACUGAUGGAAACAGACCUAGCCCAGAUCAUUAAGUCGGACUAAAACCUUGCGGAUGAACAUUGCCAAUUCUUCCUCUAUCAACUAUUGAGAGGUCUCAAAUACGUACAUUCUGCAAAUGUAGUCCACAGAGACUUGAAACCACGGAAUUUAUUAGUUAACAGCAAUUGCGAUCUCAAGAUCUGCGAUUUCGGAUUGGCAAGAGCCUUGAUUCCAGAUUUAAAGGCCAAAGCUGGUGUGUUGACUGAUUACGUUGCAACCAGAUGGUAUAGAGCUCCAGAAUUACUACUUUCAUGGAGGAAUUACACAUAAAGUGUCGAUGUUUGGUCAGUGGGUUGUAUUUUCGCUGAAUUGUUAAGACGAAAACCCUUCUUGCCUGGGAUGGACACAAAGAAUCAAAUAGAAUUGACUUUCGAAGUAAUAGGUACUCCAUCUGAAUAAGAAUUGAACAUGAUCCCUAAAGAAAAAUAUAGAACCAUUGCAAAGGGACUCCCUAAACGACCAGGAAAGGAUUUUAACAAAUUGUUUCCAAAUGCUUCCAAUCUUGCUAUUGAUUUAUUGAAGAGCUUGCUUACUUUUGAUGCCAAGAAGAGAAUUACAGUUGAGGAUGCUCUAAGACAUCCUUAUUUAUCCGCCCUACAUUGUCCUGAUGACGAACCCAUUGCAGUUCCUGUACAAAGGAUAGAUUUCGAAUUUGAAGAGUAUAACAUGACACUCCAAUAACUCAAAGAUUGCAUUUAUGAGGAAAUAUUGAUAUACCACUACAAAGACUUCAAGGAUGAGUAUGAAACCAAAAAGCGAAAUUCUUCAUCCAUCAUCAAUCACAUUAUCAAAAAUGAAAACUCUAAAAUAAUUGACCCAGAUGCUGAUGAUGAUGACAACGAUUCCGAUGAAGAACCAAUUUGAUAAAUAUAAUUAAAU